GAUCAACAGCUGGGUGGAACUCUGACAAAAAAGUUGCCUCAAUGACAUUUUCCGUAGGGAUGGACAUUUGAGUGUGCGACUAGCUAGUUCAUUGUAUUUCGUGUUUCUUUUCCCACCGCCGUGCCAUGGACUUUAAUGUGAGGCGACUCGCCGCAGACGCCGGUACUUUCCUGAGCCGCGCGGUACAAUUUACAGAAGAGAAGCUUGGCCAGGCUGAGAAGACAGAGUUGGAUGCCCACCUGGAGAACCUGUUGAUCAGAGCUGAGAACACCAAGCAAUGGACAGAGAGGAUUAUGAAGCAGACAGAGGUCUUACUACAGCCCAACCCAAAUGUUCGGCUAGAAGAGUUUGUGUAUGAGAAACUGGAGAAAAAAGCCCCCACGCGGAUGAACAACCAUGAGUUGCUGGGCCAGUCUAUGAUCGACUCCGGAAAUGAGUUUGGUCCUGGGACUGCCUACGGAAACGCUCUGAUAAAAUGCGGCGAGACGGAGAAGCAGAUCGGAGGAGCCGAGCGGGAGCUGAUCCAGAGUUCUGCCAUCAACUUCCUGACACCUUUCAGGAACUUUCUGGAGGGCGACUUUAAAACCAUCCUGAAAGAGCGGAAGCUGCUGCAGGUCAAACGCCUGGAUCUGGACGCAGCCAAAACCAGACUAAAGAAAGCCAGGAUGACUGAUGCUAGAGCUGCGGCAGAGCAGGAGCUCAGGAUGACCCAGAGCGAGUUCGACCGUCAGGCAGAAAUCACCCGACUGCUGCUAGAAGGCGUCAGCAGCACCCACGCACACCACCUACGCUGCUUGAACGACUUCGUGGAGGCCCAGACUACGUACUACGCACAGUGCUACCAGUACAUGGUGGAUCUGCAGAAGCAGCUCGGCAGCUUCCCCUCCACGUUCACCAACAACAACCAGUCUUCGGUGUCUGGCGGGGCCAGCAUCUCGGUGCCCACCCUACCGGUGUCUGCCUCCCUGCCCAGCGUGUCGGCGGGCCGCGGCAGCUCCACGGCGUCGGGCGGAUUCAGCGAACUGCGCAGCUCCAACGGCAGCCGCAAAGCCCGAGUCCUGUACGACUACGACGCCGCCAGCAGCAGUGAACUGUCCCUGCUGGCCGACGAGGUGAUCACCGUCAGCAGCGUCCCAGGCAUGGACUCAGACUGGCUGAUGGGCGAGCGAGGAACCCAGAAGGGCAAAGUGCCCAUCACCUACCUGGAGCUGCUCAACUGAAGCCCGACCCGUCUCCAGCCCUCUGUAACCGGCUGUGAUCUCAUAUUUAUAUCAUGUUGCAGGGACAGGCCUCACUUUCUCUUCCAUUCAGCCGUUUUUAGAAGGAGAAGUGUUUUUUUGUCAGGAACAGAGUCUCGCUCGUAGCGGACUCGUGGAGGAACGAAUAAACGCGAGCGAAGGGAAAGCAAACGGACCCAUUCCCUCGUCUUUUCUUUUGCAGUACAUUUCCUAAACCCGCUUCUUUGUGUUUGAUGCCGUGCGACCUGAAAUAUGUGCCAGAACAUCUCCCAAACUGUAACUUAAAAAAAAAACAACAACCGUUUGUUUACAACAUGUAUCUCAGAUGGCGACCUGAAUGCUUUUGUUGUUUUCUUCUCUUCCCUCACCGCUAACGGUGGUGACACAUCUUUUUUUUUAAUUGCAAAAACAAAAGCACUUCAGUUUGAAGUGGAUGCUGAUUAUUUUUAAGUCUUAUUUUUUAUAAUUGAUGAUCUAACGGAACAGCAGCUGUUCUCCUAAACAUGCACCAUACUGUACGUGUUGUGUUCACCAGACUGGACGGUGUGAUUAUCAGCCGAGGCAGUUAUCAGACUCUCACCGUGUUGCCUUUACAUCCCAGUGACCUGCCUUCACAUAGAAGCCUUUUUUGCAGCUACGCCAGCAGUAUUGAGACUGUCCGCUCAGCCUCCUCUCUAAGUAUUCAACCCUCAUACUUGUAGAAUUGGAAACCAGCUUCUCCACAUUUCAGAAAUACUUUCUCCGAUUAAAUUAUUAAAUUGUGUAUUUUUCAGAAAUACACGUGACAUUCGUGAUGUUUGUCUGGUUUUACUCGACUUUGUUGUUGGAAAAAAA